UGCUGGUUUUCUCUCUCUCAGCAUUUAUGGCCUGCCUUCAGUUCGUAAAGCAGCGCUAUUCGGUAAGUCGUAAUGGGGCUCCCGAUGCCUGCUGCGGAUGCAGCUUGUCCCCGCCGUCGGCCCUUUCCCCUCGACUCAACGCAUACCCUCAGCUGAACCCUCUCUGCUGACGUGAACUUUACGUCAGAUAUCUCCUAAAUAGCGGCCUCAAGAUCUCAACCCUUCACUCUUCCAUCGGAGCUGUUACGGUCAACCACAACGACCCAGAGGCCACCGCUUAAAGGCGACCCGCAGAGGCGCGUAUAGUAAGCAACAAGUGGAUCGAGGUCUUGGACACAGCCCAGCACGCGUUAUCCGCUCUGGACAGAAGUGCUUCAUCCGAACAGCUCGUGAAGCUUUCCGGCUCACGUGUGUGUAUUGAAACUGUGAAAACUGCUGAAAAGGAUUGGUGACAACCUUACCUGUUCUUAACGGUACCUCGAACAACAAUAAGUUUGUUGGUGUCGCCUGGUGUGACAUAAACCUCAGAGUACAAUCAAUUCGCUUAUUCUAACACGAUGAAACAUUUUGUCGUGCUAAGUAUGGUUACAUGGCUGGCAGCAGCUACGCCAACGGGCCUGCUCGGCGAACCGGGCGCGAUCUACGGCCGACUGCAACGUAACUCGUACGUCCCGUACCCGAAACCAGAUUACAACCGACUCUACCUUGCGCUGAAAAACGCCCGCCUGCAGGACCAGGAACCGGAGCCGGCAGAGUACGAUUACGAGCCUAGCCGACCGAUUGGCGCCAUCUUCGAGCCUCAGGAUGAAGUCCUUGGAAUGCAAUAUGAGGAUGGACAGAACACUGAUAUUGGCCAGCAGCUGGCCAAUCAGCAAUGGCUCGACAUCGGCACGCUCUAUGACGCUCCUAUUGAUGAGGAACGACUCGAGCAGCAAAAGGAGAGCAUGCGUCAGUUUAUGAAUAGCUACGUGCAGAAGAAAUCGGAUCUGAGAAAGAAGGCAGCUAAACGGCAGCCCUCAGUUCCGGCGGCUAUUGCAGCGCAGGCGCACGCCGGUUCGCUGGGCGCAAGCACGACGAUGUCAGUUAGCACGAGCACGUCAACCACGAGUACUACGGUUGCCCCAGCGCGUAACGCUGCAGAAAAUGAGGAAAAGGUAGCGAAGGCAUCGAAAUUGCAUGGUCAGAAGGAGUACGCUAUGCUGCGACCUGCGGCCGCUGGCGAGACCCGUCGGCCCCUGCCUGAUCUGUGGACUCCGGAAGACAUCGAGGUGCAACAGCUGAGGCGUGCCGCACGCCGAUUACUCCGAAAAACCGGCAGCAGCUUGAAGGACUCUGAGUUGACUGAUGAGCUUAACAUGCUCAGGCCAAGGCAUUAAGAAUGCUACUUGAGGCCGCGCCAGAAGGCGCUGGCUACAUGACGAUUAUCUAUUUCGAACACUACUGACAAGACACCUUUGGCCAAACCAAGAACUGUGUUGGACAAGGAUUUCUCAAUAGCAGUCUUUGUGUUGCGUCCCGGGCUACCUGUCUUCGAUUACAUUUAAAAACUACAAUACGCUAACGAAUUAACAAAGAAAAACCGACCGUUUAAUAACUUUGCCUAUCUAAAAAACUAACAAACCAAGUUCUUACAAGCAGAGUAGCGCAAAGCAAGCAACCAUCCACCGAUCAUCACCGCUGAUGUCGAUGUCACUCAAACUGCAACAAAUACGAAGAGGAGGUACUAAAAUAAUAACUGAUAAUAAUAUCAACAAUAAUAAUAGUAUCAAUCAAUAAAAUCAAGAGUAUGAUGGCUUGCGGCUGCUAGCAUUCAACCAAAAAGGAGUGGCAAGCUCUAUCCAUCCAGUAAAAGCGUACCUUUUAGUACGCUUUUACUGGCGAAUGGAGCGCCAGGAGAACCGCAGUGGCCACAAUGAGUUCGUUUACUCGUUUGUUCGUCAGUCUACAUUCAUGAACUAUUACUCAUACUUCUCUUUAUUCCUCCGGCGCGUGAACAAGGGACCAUUUGACGAGCCAGUCAUGACCCACCAUCGUCGCACCACACGAUGCAUACGCUCGCCAUGUCGUCGCAUUACGAUUUUAUCACGAGUAACCAAAAUCAACUAUCGCAUAACUGUACGAAAAGAAAUAGCUGAGUUUCUUAACCUUAAAAAUGGUAUAAUAAUAAUAAUCGUAGGCCGAACAGUUCUGGACCCUUGUAACUAGACGAACCCAUAUUGAGGGUACAGGCUAUACAUAGGAGGUAACGACAAUUUGAGAAAAUGACGGCCUUCCUUUCUUUAUUCACUCCUACUACUAUAUGAUACAGCUGUAACGGCAACGGUCGCAAUCCAAAACUAAGCAAAUAACCAGCGAUUAGAAUCAAUAUGACGGUUCCGUUGCACCUACGUGAAUAUCAGGUCGAUAGUUUUUUUGCGUUAAAACGCCGGAGGAACACAGUUUAGAAAAAUCUGCGGAGUGGAGACAGCUCCCGUUUUGUGCCCUCACUCUUUCCAUUAUCCCCCUUCAAUCUCCAUCGUGUUUUGGAAACCUGCCCUUUCUCCAAAUGUGUGUGUACGUGGAGGUGCGUGCGUAUGCGUGUUUGGAUCGCCCCUGUUGACAGCCAGUCAUCGCAAGCAACGAGUAAACCACCGUCGGCCUGUGAUGGAUGGUGUUCAUUGUUGUUUCAACUAGGAAAUGGCCGUAGCCAUCAGGGGCGAUACGAUGACAAAAGAAUAAAGAACUGGCACUUUAAAUCUCACUUGAUAAUGAUUAUACUAUGGAGCUGUAUCGCAUCUAUAGUCAUAUGCCGAGUCUUUAAAUCUUCCCGCCAAAUGCUCAUAUCAUAUUUUUGCUUCAAUACGGUAAAAGUUAUUAUGUGAGUGCCACCAAAAUGUCCUCGGGUACACACGUAUAUGCACACACGCUCACACACACAUACACACCCGAGAUAGAUUUCCAGCCAUAAGUAUCAUGUGGUAAACGCCGUAAGUCGACAAGGCCAUACGUAAGAGAAUCCAGACCGAAUAACGAACAUGAAUAUGUACACAAAAGCCCCUAUUUAAAGAACCCCCGUUUCCCUAUGCGAUGCGAUGCCAGAUACGUUUCAGAUAUAAUACGUACAGACGCCACAGCCUUACGCCAUAAUAAUAAUAAUGAUAAUGGAAAUGGUGCUGAGGACAACGUAGCCCAUCUACUAUUUUUGGCUUGGCCAACGAUAGCUGAAUGUCCGUAUAAUAUAUCCACAAUGUAGUGGAUAUAGAACACCGCAUAGUAAUAUGAAGUGCUACCUAUCCGUAUAGAGCCAGUGUCUAAGUAUCAUGAUCUUUUCGCCAUAUGUAAGCGUAUGAAGGAGUUUGUGCGAACCGGGGAAAUACAUCAACGACAACAUGGAGGCGGCGAUAGGUGAUGGUGAACGCAGCACCUGACGAAUCGAUUGGUAACCGGUCGCGUCAAUGAGUAGGCACGCCCAACAGUACGAAUGAACUAGGCUAAACAUUAGUCCUCGACUCGUCUGAGACAGAUGAAUCAGCUAAACUUCGGGGCGUGAAAACCGACCUCCGAAACAUAAUUACAAAGUCGUAUGAGCGUGCUAAGGCCGAAAUCGAAAGAAAAAAAGCAGAACGAAAAAGACGAAACGGAAGAUUCGAGCGGGAAAAAGUAUCGAAGCACUUACGUAAAGUUUUGAAAAGCUACAGUAGAAAUGCAACAACGAUGCCGAAGUGGAUGGAGGGAAAACGAAAAAUUCGACGUCCACAAUGAUACCGGUAACGUCAACAGCCGCCCCCAACUUAAUAUAUCACUAGCUUGAAGGUAACACCUGGUUUUCGAAGCCUUAGUUCGCUGAGAAAUACCAUAAUCAACUUUAGCGUAACCAUAACGACAAUACGGAUGGCAAAUGUGAAAACAGGCAGAGGUCAUUAAUUUCAACUGAGUACUUUUGCGUCUGUUAGCAUUUAACAUACAGCUAGAGCACUCCAUUGUGUAUAGUCGAGCAUAUUCACGUCAUGCGUACAUUACGUUACCCAACUUACAAGUAAGUAAUGUGCCGCACUCAGUUAGAUCGGACUGUCACUCUUUAGUCGCUCAUGGGUAACCAGCACACUUAUGAGUCGUGCAUCUAAUUAAUGGACAGUUACAAGCGGGAAAUGAUGGAUCGAGUUACUCGAAGCUCGAUAAGCCACAAAUUUACUUGUCAAGUCUAGCUCGCGUUUUCGUCUCCGUCUAACUGUAUAUCUCGCUAAUGCUCUAUUUAUGACAGAUGCGUAUAAAUCGUAUCUAUCCAUAUGACAAAAUCGAGGAAGCGGUCCAGACCUGAAAAGGCCGAGGCAUAUAAUCCUAACUAGCCCAAUGUUUCCGCCAAUCGAAACUAGAAAAUGUCACUAUAUGCCACUUCGAUCGCAGAGGUCAAUUAUCAUAAGCUGAUCUCAAUUUUUCUUUUGUCAUUGCAUUAGUCAUCUUCGCCAUCUGUCAUUGCUGGUCGCGUCCGCAAGCCCAACCCAAUCUUCCUCUGAUUUUCAACGAACAGACAAAGGGAGGUUUCUACAACUGGUGAAGUUUCUAUUUUCUGCAUGUGAUGAUGGAAAGCUUGAAGAAGUGACGCGGCACAUCGGGAUAGUUAAGCAUCUCUGUACACAUCCUUGCGCGGAAGCCUCAGACAGAUAUAAAAAAAAAACUACUUAUAGCUAUUUCAUUAGCAUUAUUAUAUAAACAUAAUAAGGUACAACGUUGCUAGACAAAAAGCGAUAAGACAAGAUGAUGUACAUUUACCGAAGAUAGUAUUUAUGACAGUAGAGGAAAUUUAAGAUGUACACUACAUGUAUUACUAGCAUUUGCGACGGACAGACUUUGCCUGUUCGUGGUGCAGUCAACGCAUCUGCGCUAUCAGCUGAUACGUAUCCAUUCCAUUGUUAUUCCACUAUAUGGUUCUAUGUAAUGUUUUGUCAUUUCCAUAACUUACGAGGCACGGAAACACAGACACGCAAUAUUCACAGAACACUAUUACUGAAAACAGAGCUUCGUGAUCGUACUCGGCGUUUCGUUAACGAAAACCAAAUUGAAGCUAUCAUAUCGGCAAAUGAUUGCCGCAAUAGACGAGAAGCGAGAUACGGAACAGACUAAAACAGUUAAUCCGCAAAAAAAGUCCAUUUGGUAUUCCCAGGGGCUAUAUAUUAUAAAACAAUAACGCGUAUCAUACGACAUACUCAAACGUCUCUAUCAGCCUUGUAUGAAAAUAUCGCCAGCCCUGCCGAGUGCCGCGUCGCAUUUGUAUAUAAAUCCAUAUUCUCAUAAAUAUACUGAUAAUGAAAACAAUAAUGUAAUGAUAAAGUAAGGACGCUAACACAGAGGACAGUAACGCUGGUUAUAUGGAUGGUAUUAUCGUAAGGAGAAGGAUGGCGAUGCCAAAGAGGGAGAGCUGAGGCGUCCGAAUAAACUAGGGGAGGACGUAGAGAGAAAUGCAAAGGCAAGAAAAGACGCUAUAGGUUGAGGUAGCAAGUUCCCCUGACAGCUUAGUGGGUAACGUGUUGGCCUGCUAAUAUCUUGGGGACACACACACGGUGGUCUGUGUUCGAAUCUAGGCAUGGACAGACUUCGUUUCGUGCUGGGAACCAGCCGCAUGAUGGAGCGUCUAAUGGCAGCACCGGAUGUAAAAUUCGAAAUACCUGGAUGGAAAUCAUAAUGGAGAAGGUUACUUAAAUAAACAUAUAAAUAUAUAAGAAAUACUGGUUAACUGAAAGACUGGUCGAUGAUAAAACGAAAGCGAUUCGGGGCCAACACUUCUGUUUUGGUCAUAAAAAAAGUGGACACCUCGUUAAUCGAAGAAAAAUACUACGUUGGCGACAAUCGUCUAUUUGAGUAUCAGAGAUGCAAAAAAAAAAAAA